AUGAGCAUGGAGAAGAGACGUUUCCAGAGCAGUGACUACGAGGAAACCUAUUAUCCAAAGAAAAGAUUACACAGGAGUCUUGCGAAGGAACGAAAACAUAAACAUUCGAAGAAAGAGUCGGAUCAACUCGAACCUGAUGAAUAUGAAGUUGAGGCAAUCUUGGACAUAAAGAGAGAUGAAAUCACAGGGAAACGAAUGUACCUCAUCAAGUGGAAAGGCAAAAACCUUAAUUGUCCAGAAAAAAUAAGCGAAUACCUGAUUAGAAAUAAAGAAAGAAUAUCAUCGAAAAAUUUAGAUGUCAAGGGUAAACAUUCCAAGCCCAUAUUCACCGAAGAACAAUUUCAAAAAAAAUUGAAUGACUUGCAAAACAAGAUUAGUUAUAAGAAUAGAAGGCCCAAGCCAAUGAGUCCCAGGACAAAGAACAUGAUUAAAAGGUAUGACGAUGAAAAGGAAAGGAUGCUUCAACAAGAAAGGUUGGAAAAAGAAGCGAGGGAGAAAGAGGAGAGAGACCGGAAAAUGUGGGAAGAGCUAAAAUCUAUCAAGCCCAGGAAAUAUUCUCAGCUGAAAAAUUUGGAUCAAGAGGACAAUGAUUCACUGUAUUCCGAAAUAGAGGAUUCAGAAUCUUAUUCUCCGGGUUUACCCCAAGGGCAAUCCAAUGAAUUGAGAAGGAACAUUGAUGAUCCUUACCUUAUUGUUCCAGUUUACGAUUCCCAUUCAAUGAAUAACAACUCGGUUACCUUGAAUCCUUUGAAUGCGGAUAUUUCAAAUUCUGCACCGCCCUCGCUUAAUUUUGAUUUAUCAGAAAUAUUAUCUAAAAUCAGGCGAGAAGAAGAUUUGCUGAAAUCACUUCAAGAGGCGAAUAUAAAUUUUUCAAAUUUAAACUCCAAUCCAAUCUCAUCGUGGAACCCAGAUAACCGAAUAGAACGGGGGAUAAAUUCAAAUAUAGGAACCCGGAAGAUGUGGAAACUGUACCAAAAGAAAAUCUCAAAUAGUAAUGAACUAGAGUUCAUAAGUGAUAUAGGGUUAAAUCUCCUGAAUAAACACAAAAUUGACUUCAAGUUCAUGGAAGCCUUAUCAGAAAAGGAGAGCGUUGUAAUUGAAUCCUCUCAACCAAUGAAAUUUUUGUGGCGUAUAUUUGAAGAAGAUAUGAAAAGAACUUUUGAGGAUCGAUCAAAUCAUCCACUUUACACAAUCUUUACUGUAACAGCCCCGCCGACAACUUCAAAUGAUCUUGAUCAUGAAUCUCGGGAACUUAGAAAGUCAGAUCAGGUAUUCUUGCAUACUUACACCUCUAAUCGCGAGAAUUUUAUUUUAUCGAGGCCUUCAUUAUGCAAUCAACUUAGGAUACCUAUACCUCAUGAAGUCUUUUUGUUGGUUGGCUACCGGAAAUAUGUUUUCCCUGUAAACUUUCUCGUCAAUUGGUCGACGCACAUGCUUUCCACUUUCGCAGACUCAAAGUAUAUUUUAAUUGGGAAAAAAUUUAUCGAAAAUGAUAAUCUUUUAAGGUUCUUGCAUUUCCUUGAAGCUAUCGAAACGUACAUUGAAGAUCCACAUCUUGAAAUAGUCAUGAUUCACCCUGAGGCUUUCGAGGAAACUCCUCUUUCGCCCCUUUUUAAACAUUUUAUUUCCUUAAAAUACAGAAAAGGAAUUAAGUUUUACCUGUUUCAUGAGACUCUCCCAAAGGAAAUUCUGAUCUCUGGAGGUAUCCUUACAAUAACUGUGAGAGCAUUGCUAAUGUAUGACAAUAUUGUAGAGAUCGUAAAGGGAUUUCUGAAUAAGAAUGUUAAUUGGAUUUGCAAAAUUCAUGGAGAAAUAUUCAAGUAUUUGGAUAGCCAGAUUGAGAGUUGUAACAAUGCAAAUAUCAAGCAAAGAAUUAAAAACGCGAGAGAUAAACUUAACCGAGGGGUAGUCGAGUUGAAAUUUAGAUAUUUUGAUGAAAAAGAGCUAGCAGAUGACUUGAUAGACGGUAGUUCGUACUGCUAUAGCUCUAUGACAAAAGCAUACUAUCUACAUCGAGAAUCAUACAGAUAUUUUGUUGUGAUCGACGAUUACAAGAGUAUGCAAUAUGUCCUGACAUGUGGGGUGGAAUCGAUGGAUCUGAAAGAAUUUAUAAACCAAAAGUUUGUUUGA